AUGGGUUCUUCAAAGAGUCUCCAGCCGCUUCGCUCUGCUACAAAGACAUUGAAUGCACUGCCCGCAGCCUAUGCUGGUGCGCAGGUUGCUUCACGACGAUAUGCGGGGACGCUUGCAAACUUCAAGAUUCCGACUGUUAACAACGAGCCAAACCAACACUAUGCCAAAGGCUCAGUCGACCGACAGAAGCUUCAGGAUGCGGUUGCACGUAUGAAGAAGCGGGGCCCAGUAGAGGUCCCUCUUGCCGUAGGAGGAGAAUACCUUCAGAUCAAAACCUCGUCCAUCCUCACUCAGAACAACCCCUCCUCCCACGCCGACGUCAUUGCCAAGUACUCCAAUGCCAGCCCAGCGGACGUCAAGAAGGCCAUCGAUGCCGCAUUGGCAGCGAAGCCAGCAUGGGAAGCGCUUCCCUUUGCUGAUCGCGCUUCAGUAUUUCUCAAGGCGGCAGACCUCAUUUCCACAAAGUACCGAUAUGAGAUCAUGGCAGCGACAAUGGUGGGACAGGGAAAGAAUGCAUGGCAAGCCGAGAUUGAUGCAGCAGCGGAGCUGUGUGACUUUCUCAGGUUCAAUGUCAAGUACGCGGAAGAGACAUAUGGCCACCAGCCAGUACACAACUCGCCUGGUGUAUGGAACCGCGUUGAAUACCGACCACUCGAAGGUUUUGUCUACGCCGUAUCCCCUUUCAACUUCACAGCCAUUGGCGGUAACCUCCCCGCAGCCCCAGCUCUGAUGGGCAACGUUGUCGUGUGGAAGCCAUCGCCAUCUGCAAUUGCCUCUAACUGGCUUCUCUACCAGAUUCUGAUCGAGGCUGGCCUUCCACCAAAUGUCAUCCAGUGGGUCCCUGGUGACGCUGUGGAAGUCACACAGGAGGUUCUCGCUCACAGGCAAUUCGCAUCCCUGCACUACACUGGCAGCACAGCAGUCUUCCGCCAGCUGUACGGAAAGAUUGCCAACGGUGUAGCCGAGGGCAAGUACCAGAGCUACCCCAGGAUUGUCGGCGAGACUGGCGGCAAGAACUUCCAUCUCAUCCACAAGGACGCCGACAUCCACAACGCCGCCAUCCAGACCGUCCGCGGCGCCUUUGAGUACCAAGGCCAAAAAUGCAGCGCCUGCUCUCGCCUCUACGUGCCCUCCUCCGCCUGGCCCGAAUUCAAAGAAAUCCUCAUCAAAGAAGUCUCCGCCCUAAAAAUCGGCGAGCCCUCCGAUUUCUCCAACUUCAUCGGUCCCGUCAUCCACGAAGCCUCAUUCAAGAAGCUCUCUGGCGUAAUCGACGACGCCAAAUCCGAUCCCGAACUCGAACUCGUCGUCGGCGGCAAGUACGACAGCACCGAGGGCUACUACAUCCACCCGACCGUGUACCUGACCAAAAACCCAAACCACCCCCUCCUCUCCCGCGAACUCUUCGGCCCCAUCCUCGUCGCCUACGUCUACGAUGAUGCCGCUCCCAACGCCUUCGCCAACAUCAUCCGCCAAAUCGACGACACCUCCGAGUACGCUCUCACCGGCGCUAUCUUCGCGAAGGACCGCGAGACCAUCAAGUUUGCAGCAGAUAAACUGAGGAAUGCAGCGGGUAACUUUUAUAUCAACUGCAAGUGUACGGGUGCGGUUGUGGGCCAGCAGCCGUUUGGCGGCUCGAGGGCUAGCGGCACAAAUGACAAGGCUGGGAGUGCGAAUUUACUGGCGCGCUUUGUUAAUGUGAGGGCGGUUAAGGAGGAGUUUUUGCCGACGGAACAGGUGGGGUAUCCUAGUAAUGAGGUUUAG